CGCGAUUUGGAACGAUGCAGAACGCAUCGGCAAUCAGCAUUUUAGCCGGAUCAACUGUCUUGUUGGGAGUGUUCGUUGUUUUUGGUGUUGAAGGCAUAUACGCUUGGAAUUUUGACGAAUAUGAUAGAUAUCAGACGAGUGGAAGAGAAGACAAAAUUAAAAAUGUUCAGAAGGAGUAUGACUUUAUCAUCGUCGGAGGUGGAAAUGCUGGUGCUGUUUUAGCGAAUCGAUUAUCGGAAAUUUCACAAUGGAAAAUCCUGUUGAUAGAGGCUGGAGGAGAAGACAACUUUCUAUCGGAUAUUCCUCUAUUUGCGGCAUAUCUUCAAUCGACAGCGCUCAAUUGGAAUUUUUCAGCCGAGAAGCAAGAAGGCACUUGUUUAGGGAUGGAAAAUGAGAGGUGUCCUGCACCAAGAGGAAAGGGGUUAGGUGGAAGCACAAUUUUAAACUAUAUGAUAUAUAAUCGAGGAAACCGAGCAGACUUCGACAAUUGGGCGGCAGCUGGAAACGAGGGGUGGUCGUAUAAGGAUGUGCUUCCUUACUUUAUGAAGUCUGAGAGGGCGACAUUUCAGGACACUAACAAAAUUCCGAAGCACGGAAGAGGCGGGCCAGUGAAUGUUGAAUAUGUGCCAUACCGAACACCACUAGUGCAUGCGUUCGUCAAAGCCAACGAAGAGCUUGGUCGAAAGAUAAUGGAUUAUAAUGGUGACUCCCAACUCGGCGUUGAUUAUCUACAGGCCACAACUAAACGUGGAAAGCGAGUAACUUCCGCUUCAGCAUAUCUUGACCCGAUUCGUAUAAGGAAAAAUUUGCAUAUUCUUACAAAUGCACGAGCAACAAGGAUCCUGAUUCAACCAAAGACGAAAACUGCGAAAGGUGUUGAAUUUCUAUGGCGAAAACAAAAGUAUAAAGUGCGUGCAAAAAAAGAGGUUUUACUUUCAGCAGGGACACUUCAAUCGCCUCAGCUGUUGAUGUUAUCCGGUAUUGGACCUCGGAAACAUUUGGAAGAACUUAACAUUCCGGUUUUAGUCGACUCACCAGUUGGUAAAACUAUGUAUGAUCAUCUAUGUCUUAUAGCUCUUACGUUUUCCACCAAUACAAGCAUGGCGUCGUUCGACACUGAUCGAAUCAAAAUUCCAGAGAUACUCGACUACAAACUUGGAAGCGGAGUACUCACUGUCCCGGGAGCAUUAGAAGCGUUAGCAUUUAUUAGAACAGAACAUUCCACUGAACCUCGUGAUGUUCCGAAUAUAGAACUAUUGUUCCUUGGUGGUACUGCAGUAUCUGACUACGGAACGGGUUCUGUUCGAGGAUUUUCGUGGAAACAAAAUAUCUACGACACAGUGUUCAAACCAACUGUAGGAAAGGAUCAGUUCACGAUCGCAGUUAUGUUAUUUCAUCCUAAGUCAAGUGGGUACGUUCGACUCAAGGAUAACAAUCCACUUCAUUGGCCAUUAAUAUAUAAUAAUUUUCUAACCGAACGAGAGGAUUUGGACACAAUGGUGGUAGGAAUCAAGGAAGCGUUACGCCUAAUUGAAACACCAGCCAUGAAAGCCAUAGGAGCACGUAUCAAUGACAUUCCCAUACCUACAUGUGCUACACAUGCGUUCGCCUCCGAUGCCUAUUGGGAGUGCUUGAUACGAUCUCUCGCCAGUUCACUACAUCAUCAAGUGGGUACCUGCAGAAUGGGCCCGGCAGAUGACUCACAAGCUGUGGUAUCACCAACGCUUCAAGUACAUGGAAUCAAGAAUUUAAGGGUGGUAGAUGCUAGUGUUAUGCCCACCAUACCAGCAGGUCACACACAAGCUCCAGUUUAUAUGAUAGCAGAAAAAGCAGCCGACAUGACAAAGGAUUACUGGAAUUGGGGAGUAGAAUACGAAUAAGAUCUCAACUGUAUGCAGGUAUUUUUUACGAAUGAAUAAGCUUUAAUAAAUUAAAUUAAUCUUA